AUGGCACCCAGCUACGAUAACCUGCCGGUCGACGAAGACUAUGAUGACGAGGAAAUCGACUUCUCGGAUCUGCACGAGCAGUAUGAGGUCCGGAUGGAAGAGGGUCUCGAUGCCUUCGUGGUGAUUGAUGGCCUCCCCGUCGUGCCUGAAGACAGCCGGCAAAAGCUCGUCAAGUUCCUAUUGCGCAAGCUCAACACUGUGGGAAAAGCCAGCGAGAGUGGGGUGUUCAUGCCGCUGAACGACCAGGCUAUGACAGAGGGCUUCGCCUUCGUCGAGUUCGGAUCCGCAGAACAAGCCGCCGCCGCUGUGAAAGCCCUUCAUGGAACGCCCCUGGACAAGAGGCACACCAUCGCCGUCAACAAGCUCACGGACAUUGACCGCUAUGGCCGCGAAGGCAGGAUCGACGAGGAGUAUCAACCGCCACAUAUCGAAGACUUUCACGAGAAGGAGCACCUACGGUCAUGGCUCGGUGAUUAUGAUGCGCGUGACCAGAUUGUCAUGUACCGGGGCGAAAAGGUGGGCGUGUUUUGGAACGAGAAGGAAGAUGCGCCUGAGCCGGUGGUGGAUCGAGAUCACUGGACAGACUUUUUCGUACAGUGGUCGCCGGCGGGAACAUACCUGACAUCACUACACGCGCAAGGUGUUCAGCUAUGGGGAGGCAAGUCAUGGAGCAGGCAAAAGAGGUUCGGGCAUCCAGGAGUGAACCUGGUGGACUUUUCGCCGAACGAGAAGUACAUCACCACCUGGUCCCACCGGCCGAUCCAAAUCGACGAAAACCAUCCUGCCCCUGGACUGUCGCUGGAAGAAGACGGAAAGAACUACAUCAUCUGGGACUUAGCAACAGGAAAGCCGCUUCGCUCAUUCGUUACCCUUGACGUACCAAACGCAAGUGUCGAUGAGCAGGGCAACCCGGUAAAGAAGAAGAUGCAGUGGCCAACGUUCAAGUGGUCGGCAGACGACAAGUACGUCGCGCGGAUGACGCAGGGCCAAUCCAUCUCCGUCUAUGAGCUGCCAAGGAUGAACCUGCUGGACAAGACUUCCAUCAAGAUUGAGGGGGUCAUGGACUUUGAAUGGGCACCGGCAACACCCCACAGAGCUGACAUCAAGGCCUACGAACAGCUUUUCUGCUACUGGACGCCUGAACUUGGGAGCAACCCGGCCAAGGUCGGCCUGAUGAGCAUACCCUCGAAGGAAAUUGUCCGGACGCGGAACCUGUUUAACGUCUCAGAUGCAAAGCUCCACUGGCAAUCAGACGCUGCUUAUGUGUGCGUCAAAGUUGAUCGGCAUUCGAAGUCGAAAAAGUCCCUCGCCACCAACCUAGAAAUCUUCCGUGUUCGGGAAAAGGGCGUGCCGGUAGAAGUUGUCGACUCGCUUAAAGACACCGUCAUCAAUUUUGCAUGGGAGCCCAAGGGAGACCGCUUCGUUCUUAUCACCGCCGGCGAGAUCCCCGCAGGAGCCCCUGUGCCACCCAAGACCGCAGUCUCCUUCUUCUGCCCUGAGAAGGCAAAGGGCAACGUCGUAGGUAACUUCAAGCACAUCCGCACUAUCGACAAGAAGAACAGCAAUGCCAUCUACUGGUCGCCUAAGGGCCGGUUCGUAGUCGUUGCCACGCUACAGUCGCAGCAGAGCUAUGAUUUGGACUUCUGGGACCUGGACUUUGAGGGUGAGAAGGAUGAGAAGGACAAGGACCUCACAGCGAAUCUGAUGCUCAUGGCUACUGCGGAACACUAUGGUGUCACGGACAUUGAGUGGGAUCCUACAGGUCGCUACGUAGCAACCGUUGCCAGUUUCUUCAGACAUCAGAUGGAAAACGGCUACCACCUGUACGACUUCAAGGGCACCCUCCUUCGCGAAGAGCACAUUGAGCGCUUCAAGCAGUGGCUAUGGCGGCCGCGCCCACCAACCCUCCUGUCGAAGGAGGAGCAGAAGAAGAUCCGGAAGAACCUGCGCGAGUACUCCAAGGUCUUCGAAGAGCAGGACCAGAUCAAGCGAGAUGCGGGCAACAGGCAGGUGGUCGAGGCUCGCCGCCGGCUGCUCGAGGAAUGGCGUGCAUGGCGCGCGCAUGUUAUCGAGUUGCUGCGGGAAGAGGGCGCCGAGGAUGCGGUACCGCUGCCGGAGAAGGGCGAAGGCGAGGCGCUGGAUGAUGAGAAGGAGGCUGAGGAGGUGGAGGAGAUAGUCGAGGAGAUUGUCGAGGAGACUGAGGAGGUUGUUGCAUAG